GAUCAAACAUCGAAUCGUAUGUUACAAGUUCAAGUUGUAAGUCAACUGUCGAAAAAAUAUAAGUAUAAUUUUUAAUAUUUCGGUGAAACACAUUCUAUAUCAUGCAACAUUCCGACAUUUUCAAUGGGGAAGAAGCAGAAUGUGAGGUUCAAGAUGCUCCUUCUGCAAAUCAUUUGGGGAAAGGAAUUGAAUUUGAUUUAAUUUACGGUAGAAAAUUGUGUUCCCCGAUACUUGGUUACAAUUGUCAACUUCCUGAUUUACCAACAAGUUGCAUACCACCCACAACCUUAGAUACAUCUCUGUUGCAUAUUCCCAUUUAUGCCCAUUUAAAGAUACAUGAUCUGAAGCCUGUACGCCUACCAGAGCCACCAUCGAUUUUAUCAUCAUUGCAAUUGCAAUUUUCGGAAGGUACCAUACUUAGUAAAUCUUCAAGAGAAAUAUCAUUGACAGCACGAUUAAGCGAGGAAGACGGUAUAUCCGCUUUGUGUAGCGCUCAAAACAGUACAAAAAUUACAAAUGCUAAACAAAGAAUAGAAAUGUAGGUUUAAGUAUCAGUAUAAGCGAAAUAAUAUAUUCCGAUAUAAAGAGA